GUUAUAAUAAAAAAUAUAUAUUCUAUAUUAAUUCUGUUUGGAUAGAAAGUACUACUUUCGAAUCGACAAGGAUGUUGUUAUUGUUAUUAAUUCAUAAAUUAUUCUUUUCAGACGGUUUUUAGUUCUGAUACAAAUUUAGAAUGACUUAUUCAAGUGAUGAUACUGAGUGGCUCAACCAGUUAUUGCAGGAUGAGCAGCUUGAACAGUUUUAUUUAAGAAUAAGAGAUGAUUUGCAAAUAACAAGAUUAGCACACUUUGAUUAUGUGAAAUCUGAAGAUUUAGAAGGUAUUGGCAUAGGCAAACCAGCAGUAAGGAGACUUUUAAAAGCAGUGAAGAAAAAGAAAACUCAACAAUGGAGACGUGAUAUUAGAAGUAAACUUAUCGGUGGUGGUAAACAACCGUCCAAGGCUACAAAGGCUGUGCCUGAAUCAGAAAAACCAUUGGCUUUAACUUGUUUAAUACAUGAAAAAGAUGUCACAUUGUCUACUAAACUUGGAGAUGGAUCUUUUGGUGUAGUGAGAAAAGGCGAAUGGCGAGCACCUAAUGGCAGAGUCAUUCAAGUUGCAGUUAAAGUUUUAAAAGGUGAUAUACUUUCACAACCUGGUGUAAUCGAUGAUUUCUUUAAGGAAGUUCAAGCAAUGCAUAUUCUAAAUCACCCGAACUUAAUCAGAUUGCAUGGUGUGGUUCUGUCAAGUCCUAUGAUGAUGAUUGCCGAGCUAGCAGAGAAGGGGUCUGUACUUGAUACUUUACGAAGAGAUUGUUAUAAAACAUCACUACUUGUAAUAUGGGACUGGAUUAUUCAAGUCGCUCAAGGAAUGGCCUAUCUUGAAGCAAAUAGAUUUUUGCAUCGUGAUUUAGCUUGCCGCAAUGUUUUAAUUGCUGCUCAGGAUAGGGUUAAAAUCUGUGAUUUUGGUUUGAUGCGAGCUCUACCACCGACUGAGGAUUGCUAUGUAAUGACUGAACAUAAGAAAGUACCUUUUCCAUGGUGUGCUCCAGAAUCUUUGAGGUAUAGGCAAUUUAGUCAUGCCUCUGAUACAUGGAUGUUUGCAGUUACAUUGUGGGAGAUGUUCACUUUUGGUGAAGACCCAUGGGUUGGUUUGAAUGGAUCUCAAAUAUUACAUAAAAUUGAUAGAGAAGGUGAACGAUUACAUCAACCAGAUGCUUGCCCACCAGACAUUUAUCAAUUAAUGCUUCAUUGCUGGGAUAAGACACCUUCAGAGAGACCAACAUUUGCAGCAAUUAAAGAGUUUCUUGUGAAUUAUUCUCCCUGCAAAGUAUUUGCAUCAUGCAGCUAUUCUGACCCUAAUGAUGCGAAAAGCCACAUGGUAAUAGAACAAGGAGAUGCUAUUGUUGUAAUAGACGGCAGAUCUGAAUUAAAGUGGUGGAAAGGUCAAAAUCAAAGAACCUAUGAAAUAAAUACUUUUCUAAGAGAUAUUGUUUAUCAAGCCAGACCAAAAAUGUCAACGGAAGCCAAUAGAAUAAAGAGCCAUACAAUGAAAAGAUCUAAUUCAGCUGUCAAUAAACAAAAAUAUGUAGGCAAUAGAAGUAUUGUAGCGGAAGAGCCAACGAAUUUUAUUUACAAUAUUGAAAAGCCAAUUGGUGAACGAAAAAGUAAUGCUGAUAAGCUGUUCUCUUAUACAAAAUUAAAGCAUGAUAAUAGGAGGGAUCAAAAUUCAGGAUCAAGUAGGAUGAGCUCAGUUGACUAUGUCAAGGAAAAUGAUAUGAAGAAUAUGUUUGAUGAUAAUAUACUGAUAGAUUUUUCACCUGAUGAGCCAGCUUUUGUUAAAGAUGUUCCAAAGAUGUAUACCACUAGAGCAUCUACUGUAGAGUCUCUGAUCGAUAAGCCUAUAGAUGUACCAGAAGAAGUUGAUGCUAAUGCACCGCCUCCUUAUCAUAGUCCACCUAAUUAUAUGAAUUCUUAUUAUGUGAAUCAAGAUAUAUUACAACAAAAUACUCUAGACCCUUUUGAUACAUCACAUGUGUGUAAUAAUUCAAGGAAUGACAUAUAUAGUUAUAGUUCUACAGAAGAAAAAAUAUCAACUUCUAAUGACAUUGAUCUGAAUGAAAUGGAAACGAGAAUAGGAGAAUAUUUAAGUAGCAAAAGUGUAAAAAAUGAGGAUGUUGCAACUGAUAGAGAUAAUUCAGUAAUGGCAACAAAUAUUUUUCAAGCAACUGCAUUAUCAGAAGCAUUGAAAAUGCCAGACAUUCCAUCUUUUGGAGGAAAACAUACUACAGAUGUGGAAAAGUACUCACUGCAAUCUAGUAUUAAUAAUGACUCAUUAGUGAAUAAUUUAUCUCAGCAAAAUAGUACUUACAUGAAUGAGCUUAAAGAAAAAAUUAAGAAUCAAGAUAAUUUGCAGUGCACUGAUUACUGUUUGCAGCAAGAAAUGAAAUCUUUACAAUUGGAACCUGCUGAUGAUAUAUCAAUUUCUAAAAACAAUACUCAAUUAACAGUUUCAAAAGAUUUUAAUUCACAGGCUAACAUAAGUGAUGAUUCCUAUUUUCGAGCAAAGAGCAAUAAGAAUUUCAAUAUUACUAACAAACCUGUAGAAAGUUGCUCUUUUGAUCUUUUGUGUGGAAGUAGUACUAAAACUUCAGAUUUGUAUAAUACAGAAUAUUAUACUGAUAAUGUAUAUAACCAAGUGCCAACUGAAUAUAAUACAUACUGCAAUAGUUUUGACCAAAGAAUAUAUAAUACUGUACCUGGAAGUACUAAUGUAUAUAAUCAGGCAGCUCUGCGACCCUAUGAUCAAGUGGAAUAUGUUUACAGCACAUUGCCAAUAGCGGAUGAACUUUUGAAACCUCAUAGACCUGCUCCGCCUAGUCCAUUAUGUAAUUCUAGAACUCUUCCAAAACAAUCAUACCAGCAGAUUCAAAGACGUUUGAAUAUGUUAGGAAAGCUGGAUACCUGUGAUGAAGCCUGUACUGAUAACAAUCAAGCAAGCAGCAAUAGUACACCAUACAUAAAUAAGACAGCUAUAGAUAAUACAACGAUUUCUAACAACUCAAAACUUGAAAGGCUUUUAAGCCUGGGUUUAGCAACAAAGCCAAUAUGUGAGGCAGCUCUUAUAAGAACAAACUGGGAUAUCGAUCAAGCAGCUGCAUCAUUACUUGAUAGAAAAUAAUUGUUUUUUGUUUUCAGGGCAAUUCUUAUUUAUUUUAUUUAUGAGGACGAAAUAUAUUAAAAAUAAUACUCCUGAAGAUCAUGUUAAGUUUUAUGUUCUAAUAUAGGUAACUUUUUACC